GGCGGUUAUGCAGGGGGCGGCUGACGAUGAUGUCGAGGGGGAUGUGGAGGAAGAAGACGAAAUCGUCGCUGACGCCGACGACGAUGACGAAGAAGAAGAGGAAGAGGAAGAACCGAAGCCCAAGGGAACGAAGAGGAAGUCGAACAACCCCACGGGGAAGAACGCCAAGUCUGCACCCGCCAAGGAGGCCCAGCGUGAGGCCGGGAGGAAGGGAGGUAAGGCUAGCGCUUCUAGCCGCGGGAAGAAGCGCUGAGAAGGUGAAAAAUCACAUGUUGUUUGAGGCUUGAUGUGGGAUGAUUAAGCAGACUUAUGUUGUACCUGUAUUUCAGUUAAUCCAUGACUAUCGAUAUCCGCAGCGAAAGGUUCGAAGAGAAAGAUACCUAGCUGCGCGGCCCUUUGGAUGAUCGCUGUCACAAAUGGUGCCGGACGGUCAAAUGCGAGCAGCGGUCCGAAUCACAUCAUAUUUUUACAUCGUACAUCCAUCUACAUAUUUUCAUAUCCUACACUUACUUCCUCAAACCAACAGCCUCC